AUGGUGACUAAAAGAGCCAUGCAAAAAGGAAGCUUUCGCUAUUUUUGUUCUUGGGGACAAUAUGAGCUUCCUGGGCCUCUUGCUGCUUGGUUGAAGCUGAAUCCUUGCAACAGUGUUCAGAUGGAACCUCAACACACCAAAAACUUAGCACAACCGAAAAAGGCACCAACAACACAUGGUCCCUGUUUACAUAAGGAACUAUGCAGAGCUGUUAUAAAAACUGCAAAACAGUACCUCUUUAACAUCAAAUCUUUUCCCAGAGCAGCAGGCUGGCCAAGUUCCAUCAUUAUAAUCAGGCCAAAGUCCAUCUGCACAGAAGGAAACACAGCACGGAUAUCGCAAAUGGCAUGGAACAGAUAG